AUGAUACAGUGCUCAUUGGUACGCUACAUUAUAUAUAUCUCGAUUUUUAAGUACCUUUAUUUCCUAAGUUCAGUUGCCUCAAGAUGUGACGCGUCGCAUUUCGUUUCAAUAGUAGAAAAAGGAUGUGUAUAUAGAGCCCCAAAAAACUGUCGACAUUUCAUUCCCCAAGUCCUAAAUAAUGAAAUCGGUAGCAAUAUGCAGAACUUAGGCAGUGUACUGUCAACAUUAAGCAUGAUCAUCCAGCUUUGUGAAUCUUCAACUAAGACAGAAAAUGGUUUCAACACUGAGGAAAAUGCACAACAAGAGGUAGCUGAUAAAAGUUUCCAAACUGGAAUUGAAGAAUUGGACCAAAGAAUUCAGGAAAGCUUCGAUGCUAUUCAACCUCUCCUUUUCGAACUCUGUAUUUCUGAAAGUGACAGAAAGUUACUUCAAAAAAAGAUACAUGAAAACUGCAGCAAGUUCAGUCAAAACUUCGUAGACAAAGAGGGAGAAACUAGCAAAUCAAGUACGAAAUAUCAAGCGGUGUACAGCAUAUGUAACACGGACAGAAAUGCAGAAGCACGUACUAUUUUGCCUGUCAAAAGCAACAUCAAGCGAGUACAGCGACUUCCUAAAAGUACAACAUAUUUCUUGGAACAAGUAUAUUCUAAAAAACAAAUUUUAAACUCCAGAGAGCGUAUGGCAAUAGCCAAGAAAUGUAAGAUAAGCUGCAGUCAAGUAAGGAUAUGGUUCUCUAAUAAAAGGAUGAGGACCAAGUCAACUUAA